AUGGCGGCCUUUCGGGCGCGCCGUAGAGGCUGGCCAGCUACGACCCGAAAACCUUUCAGAAGGCGUCAACGGUUCUCGCAAUUCGUUCUGCCCGCGGAAGGAGCCCUCCUGAUCCUCGUCAUCAGCUGCCUCGCUAUUAGCGCCACCGUAACAGCCACUCCCGACUACCGCGACGCGUUGUCGAAAGCUCUCCUUUUCUUCGAUGGACAACGGUCGGGUAACAUCUCAGGCGCCGCGAUCAAGACCAGGACGACGUGGCGCGGCGACUCCGGUCUCACCGACGGCAAAGCUCAGAAGGUCGACUUGGUCGGUGGCUACUAUGACGGCGCGGGGAACGUUAAGUACGGCCUGCCGCUGGCCUUCUCCCUCACGCUGCUCUCCUGGGCCACCGUCGACUACCAGUCGCAGCUCGCCGCGUCAGGCGGCCAGCUUUUCGCGGCUCGCGACGCAAUUCGCUGGGGGAUGGAUUACCUCCUUAAAGCGCACACGAGCGCGAAUGAGCUCUGGGUGCAAGUAGGCGACGGUCCGAGCGACGACCUGUGCUGGCAGCGGCCCGAGGACAUGACGACGGACCGCACCGCGUACCGGGUGAACGCGACGCGGCCGGGGUCUGACGUGGCAGGGGAGACGGCGGCGGCGAUGGCGGCGGCGUCGCUGGUGUUCGCGAAAGCGGAUCCGUCGUAUUCGUCGCUGCUGCUGAACCGCUCGCAGCAGCUGUUCACGUUUGCGGACACGUAUCGCGGGGUGUAUUCCGAUUCUAUCCCCAUUGCGAGACGAAACUAUCCCUCGUGGACGGGAUACGAGGACGAGUUGGCGUGGGCGGCGGCGUGGCUGCACCGCGCGACGGGAUCAGCACAGUACCUCGAGUAUCUGGCGGCGGGCGACGAGCAGCUGCAGGGGUCGUCGGAGGCCACCACAGAGUUCAGCUGGGAUGACAAGUUCGCCGGCGCUCAAGUGCUGGUUGCUAAGGUGGCACUCCAAGGGAGCAACAGCGCGGCGGCUAAUCUGAGCGUGGCAGCACGGGCGGUGGUGGAGGGGUAUCGCGGCAUGGCGGACGCUUUUGCAUGUGCAUACAUGCCCGACAACCCACUGCACUCCGUCUACAUCACCCCAGGCGGGCUGGUGUACAUACGAGCGCGCAACAGCCAGUACGCCACGUCAGCCGCGUUCCUGCUGCUGCUCUACAGUGACUACCUGGCGUCGGCCAAUCGGACGCUCUCGUGCGACGGCACGCAGUACUCGCCUGCUGACAUGGCGGCCUUCUCCAAGUCACAGGUGGAUUACCUGCUAGGGGUCAACCCUCUUAACGCAUCUUACAUGGUCGGCUUCGGCCAGUCCUAUCCACAGAAGCUGCGCCACCGGGCGGCGUCCAUCGUCUCUUUCAAAGCGGACAGCACGCCGGUUACCUGUGAGGGCGGCAAGGCGGAUUGGCUCAUGAGCCCCGACCCCAACCCCAACGUGCACGUGGGGGCCAUUGUGGGGGGCCCUGAUGCGGACGAUGCAUUCAUGGACGACAGGCAGCAAGCAGCAUUCAACGAGCCAUCCCUGUUCACCAACGCUGCUGCUGUCGGGGCCCUUGCUCGCCUCGCUGCUGGCGCCCUCCCCCCCCGGCCCCUCGCCCCCUCCUGCUCCGCCCUCCCCUCCCCCUCCGCCAUCGCCUCCCCCCGCUCCCCCCCCUCCCCCGCGCCCGCCCAAGCCCCCUCCGCCUCCCCCCAGCCCGCCAUCCCCUCCGCCUUCCCCCCCUCCUCCAGUUCUCCUCUUUUCCACCUCCCUCGCUGCUGUGUGCCCCUUGCUUUUCUCCUCCUGCUCUAUAACCUCCCCUCUUCUCUCUUUUUUGUGCAUCACCCGCUCGCCCUCCGGCCGUUCGUCCUUCCUGGUGCUUACCUUCCUUCCUGGUGCUUACCUUCCUUCCUGGUGCUUACCUUCCUUCCUGGUGCUUACCUUCCUUCCUGGUGCUUACCUUCCUUCCUGGUGCUUACCUUCCUUCCUGGUGCUUACCUUCCUUCCUGGUGCUUACCUUCCUUCCUGGUGCUUACCUUCCUUCCUGGUGCUUACCUUCCUUCCUGGUGCUUACCUUCCUUCCUGGUGCUUACCUUCCUUCCUGGUGCUGUCAACUAUUUUCUUCCCAACUCCUCCCUCUUACCUAUCUCUAACGCCCUCUCUCCCCCAACCAAACCCCUUCCGCCAGCCAUGCAAGUGACGGUCACCUGCACCAUCUCAGGAGGAUGGACAGCAGAUGGCAAGGACGUGGCACAGUGGGGCUGUUCCCUCACCAACACGGACCCUCUCUUCCCCGUCACAGCCAUCUCGCUGCUCUGCUCCUCCUUCCAGCCGCAGCAGUACUGGAACAUCGACCCCGUAGCCUGCGCUCUCCCGGACUGGGCCAGGAACCUGGGUCCAGGCGGGAGUGCGUCGUUUGGGUUCAUACAGGAGAAGGCUGUCACGCCGCAGUUCAGUGUUCUCGGGUAUUUCUCGAAUGCACCCCCCGCGCCAACCACCACCUCGGCCCCCACCCCGUCCUCCCCCACGCCCCCCCCCACCUCCCCCCCCGCGCCCCCCUCCACGCCCUCCCCGAAGACCUCCCCCCCCUAA